CGCGAUUUGUUACCAGUUACGACUCUCUUCGCUCUCCGUAGCCAGCGGUGAUGGCCGCAUCCCUCAUUAGGGUCAGCUGACCCGCGCGCCUGGCGUCCAAUCAGGAAGCUGCUGUGAGAUGGCGUAGAGGCGCGCGGAUGUAAAGUGUUGCUAUCCCUUACAGCAUGACUGCUACAGCCUAGUCUUUUUUUCUACUGGAGAUGUUCAAGAUCUCGACAGGCAUCUUAUCCUCUUCAGCUUUUCUUCUGUGUACAGCAUUAUCUGAUGUUCGGUGGUCAGCCGCCAGAAUGUUUUACGCUGUGAGGAAAGGACGAAAUCCAGGAGUCUACAAGACCUGGGGAGAAUGUAAAGAACAAGUGGACAAGUUUCCAGCAGCAAGAUACAAGAAGUUUGCUUCAGAGGAAGAGGCCUGGAAAUUUGUAAAGGAUAACCCAGAAGCUUCCUCAAGUCGUAUAGAAUGUAGUUCUAAAGCCCAAAGCUCUUCUUCUUCUUCUGUUUCUUCAAGUGUGAAGCCACCAUAUCACGCCAAAAGACCCCUUCCAAUCUUAACCUCUGCAGGGCAGUCAGCUCCUAAGCGAACCAAGUUCAUUGACAUCGACUCACUGCCUCCGUUACCUGGACAAUCCUUUACCAAUAUGGGUGAUUCCGUUAUUGUGUACACUGAUGGCUGUUGCUCCAAGAAUGGCCGACAUUCAGCAAGAGCUGGCAUUGGGGUUUACUGGGGUCCAAACCAUCCAUUGAAUGUGGCAGAAAGACUUGAGGGAAGGCAGACGAAUCAGCGUGCUGAAAUACAGGCAGCUUGUAAAGCAGUAGAACAAGCCAAGAGCCAGAACAUCACCAAACUUGUUAUAUACACAGACAGUAUGCAUACAAUAAAUGGUAUCACUAAGUGGAUAAAGUCCUGGAAGACUAAGGAUUGGAAGAUGAGCACUGGAAAAGAGGUGAUAAACAGGGAAGACUUUGAAAAGCUGGACAGGCUUGUACAAGGGUUGGACGUGAAAUGGAUGCACAUUCCCGGCCAUGCUGGUUUUGGAGGAAAUGAAGAAGCCGAUAGACUCGCCAGAGAAGGAGCUCAGAAACCUGCAGCAGAUGCCAGUAACUAAUAAAGAAAGUGACACUUGGCAUGUUAUGGACCUCCUAUAGUCGCUUACACUGCAGGACAUUGUGGAUGGGAGGUUAUUACUCUGCAGUAACAGCAGAUGUUGAGGAGGACCUCAUCCAAUUCAGCAACACCUCAGCCAGACCGAUCAGCGCUUGCACUACUCCUUUUGGACCUGGAAGAAUUUCCCAUGGUCUCUAUGGAAUUAAAAUGACCUUUUUAAAGCUUUUUUUUUUAUUUUUAUUUUUUUUGCAGAUACUGUAUUAUAAAUGUUAUAAUUUCCUAUAAAAUUUAUUUUACUACAAAUCUCAAAUUUCACGCGCGGAUGUUAAAGUGUACCUCAUAAAGUUUUAUGAAAAAUUUCUAUAGUGCAGCACUGUGCACAAUAGCGAUUUUUCUAAAUCACUUUAGAUUUGAAACCAAAAUACC